AUGCCGCUGAAGCAACGAACGGCAGUGUUGGAGCUGCACUCGCCCACAGAGGACCAGCUGGUGUCACCUGGUGACGGUUCGAUAGCUACCGAGUUCGGGUCCACCGCAGACCAUGAUCCUGGUACGGGAUCAAUGGCGUCGACGGGCGCCGAAGGACCGUCCGACCAGAAGGAGCAGAAGGACAAGGUGCAGAUGAAGAAAUCGCUCGGGCUCCUCGAGGGUGUCGCCAUUAUUCUUGGCAUCAUUUUCGGCUCGGGUAUCUUCAUCUCACCGAAGGGAGUCCUGCAGGAGGUCGGUUCGGUCGGGACGUCCCUCGUGGUGUGGGUGCUAUGCGGCAUCCUGUCGAUGAUCGGUGCUCUGUGUUACGCCGAGCUGGGUACGGCCAUCCCCAAGUCCGGUGGGGACUACGCCUACAUCUAUGAGGCCUACGGACCACUGCCGGCGUUUCUCUACCUCUGGGACGCGACGGUUAUAUUCGUCCCAAGCACGAACGCCAUCAUGGGGCUGACGUUUGCGAGCUACGUGUUCCAGCCACUGUUCGCGGCAGGCUGCUCAGUGCCGACGAUAGGUCUGCAGCUGUUUGCCGCCGUCACCAUCUGCGCCCUCACCUACAUCAACGCCUACGAUGUGCGGGUGACGACCAAGAUGCAGAACGUGUUCAUGUUCACCAAGAUCGGCGCCCUGGUGCUGGUGAUCAUCGUCGGCGUUGCCUGGAUGGUGAUGGCCGAGGGCGGUAUGGACAAUUUCGAGAACGCGUUCGAUGGCACGGUAACCGAUCCGGGCAAGAUCUCGGUCGCAUUCUACUCGGGCAUCUUCUCGUACGCUGGCUGGAACUACCUCAACUUCAUGACCGAGGAGUUGCGCGAUCCGUACAAGAACCUGCCGCGUGCCAUUUACAUUUCCCUGCCCCUGGUGACGGCCAUCUACGUGCUGGCCAACAUGGCGUACGUGGCCGUCCUGACGCCCCAAGCCAUUCUCGCCUCCGACGCCAUCGCUGUGACCUUUGCCCAACGCGCCAUGGGCUACGGUGCGUUUGUGAUGCCCAUCCUGGUGGCGAUUGCCGCUUUUGGAGGGCUUUCGGUGCACAUUAUGACAUCGUCCCGCAUGUGCUUCGUGGGUGCCCGUAACGGGCAUAUGCCCGAGAUACUGUCCCAUAUCAAUGUGAACCGCUUCACGCCGAUGCCGUCCCUCGUUUUUCUGUGCGCACUGUCCCUGUUGUAUCUGUUUAUCAGCGACGUGUACGUCCUUAUCACCUACAGCAGUAUCGUCGAGUCGUUCUUCAUCAUGCUGUCGGUCAGUGCGGUGCUGUACUUCCGUUACACCCGGCCCGACAUCCACCGACCGAUCCGGGUGCCGCUCUGGGUACCGACGCUGUUUGUCAUCAUCUGCGCCUUCCUGUUGAUCGUACCGUGCUAUGUGGCGCCCUACGAGGUGGGCAUGGGUGUGGCGUUGACCCUGGCCGGCAUUCCGAUCUAUUACGUCGGGGUUGCCUGGAAGAACAAACCGCAGGCAUUCACGGACGCGCUAGCAUGGGUGACGCAAUUUAGCCAGAAAAUGUUCAUGACCGCUAAAGAGGAAGCCGACACUGAGCAGUAG